GCAAAAGUGUCGUGCACGCGCUGCCUACGAUCAGAGUCACCUAGUCCGCUGGAGUCGGCGGUGUUAUUUCUAGUGGUGUGCUUGUAGGGCUUAAACAGAAACCCUGUGUUUGAAUACCCAUUUGCCAGCUUCGUGAUUUGGCCUCAUGGUAAACACCAAACACAAGCUACAAAAUAAGAUAAAUUACUGUCUCCAAAUAAAGAAAACCCAAGAUCCAUGAGCGGCCAUCGAUCAACAAGAAAACGAUGUGGAGAUUCUCACCCGGAGUCCCCUGUGGGCUUCGGGCAUAUGAGUACUACAGGGUGUGUAUUAAAUAAAUUGUUUCAGUUACCUACACCACCAUUGUCAAGAAAUCAACUAAAGCGACUAGAAGAACACAGAUAUCAGAGUGCUGGACGGUCCCUGCUUGAGCCCUUAAUGCAGGGAUACUGGGAAUGGCUAGUUGGAAGAGUUCCCUCCUGGAUUGCCCCAAAUCUUAUCACCAUCAUUGGACUGUCAAUAAACAUCUGUACAACUAUUUUAUUAGUCUUCUACUGCCCUACAGCUACAGAGCAGGCACCUCUGUGGGCAUAUAUUGCUUGUGCAUGUGGCCUUUUCAUUUACCAGUCUUUGGAUGCUAUAGAUGGGAAACAGGCAAGAAGAACCAACAGUAGUUCUCCUUUGGGAGAACUUUUUGAUCAUGGUUGUGAUUCACUGUCAACAGUUUUUGUGGUUCUUGGAACUUGUAUUGCAGUGCAACUGGGGACAAACCCUGACUGGAUGUUUUUUUGUUGUUUUGCUGGAACAUUCAUGUUCUAUUGUGCACACUGGCAAACGUAUGUUUCUGGAACAUUGCGAUUUGGAAUAUUCGAUGUUACAGAGUCCCAGAUCUUAAUUAUUAUAAUCCAGCUUCUCACAGGAACCUUGGGGCCUUGUAUCUGGAACUUCACGAUUCCAGUGCUGAAUAUUCAAAUGAAAAUUUUUCCUGCGCUUUGUACUGUAGCAGGGACCAUAUUUUCCUGUACAAAUUACUUCCGUGUAAUCUUCACAGGCGGUGUUGGCAAAAAUGGAUCAACAAUAGCAGGAACAAGUGUCCUCUCUCCUUUUCUCCAUAUUGGAUCAGUUAUUACAUUAGCUGCAAUGAUCUACAAGAAAUCAGCAGUUCAGCUUUUUGAAAAGCAUCCCUGUCUUUAUAUACUGACAUUUGGUUUUGUGUCUGCUAAAAUCACUAAUAAGCUUGUGGUUGCACACAUGACAAAAAGUGAAAUGCAUUUGCAUGACACAGCAUUCAUAGGUCCAGCACUUUUGUUUCUUGACCAGUAUUUUAACAGCUUUAUUGAUGAAUAUAUUGUACUUUGGAUUGCCCUGGUUUUCUCUUUCUUUGAUUUGAUCCGCUACUGUGUCAGUGUUUGCAAUCAGAUUGCGUCUCACCUGCACAUACAUGUCUUUAGAAUCAAGGUGUCUACAGCUCAUUCUAAUCAUCAUUAAUGAUGUAAUUGCUGUUAUAUAGGAACUCAUGUUUUCUGCAGGAAAGAAUCUGAACAUAUAAAGGAGAAUGGGGGUGGAUAAGAAGAAAUAUAAUUUAUAAUAAUCAAUGUUGUAUAACUUUUGUUUUUGGUAACACUCCCUAACUAUCCUGUGUGAAAAUGGGAAUUUCAAGUCCCAUCUUGUAAAUUGUACAUUUUGUCAUACAGGGUUUGGCCCAAGAAAGCAUGCAGGGGAGGAAAAAACAAAACAAAAACAGCCAUGUGUUUGUAAUUAGCCUGGAUUCAGAAUAAUAUUGUCAUGGAGAACAGAUGCCCAGUGGUGGAAAUUUCUAAUGUAGAAUAUUUGCAGGGCAAAAGAUGGUUGCUUUAUAAUUUUAACAGAUUACCUUCAGUAACAUCUUUGUUUAGUGUCUUCUCAAGCUUUCUUUACUAAGGAGCUCUGCGUAUGGCACAGAUAAUAUCACACUAGCUCGUGAGGUGGAACUAGCGGUAACAACCUUCCAUUUGGAUUGAAAGGUUUUCUAUCUUUACAUUGUUGAAGAAGUAAUUUUUUUUUUAAUUGCUCAAGAAAUGGUAUCUCAUGGGCUUUGGAAAUACUGUUAGCAUGCAGAAUAAUGUGGUAACUUUGUCAAUCCAUUUUAUUUUUCUAAAUAAAAUAUAUGAUCUGAAAGCCA